AGCCAGUCACAAGAAGGCGAAUGGUCAGUACUCCGUAAUUACUUUGCGGUCAAACGAACGGCCAGUAAUGGAAUCAUCCGUGCAGUCCAUCAGGCCUGUGACAAAUGUUGGCCACCUUCCACCUCACAGAGGUGGCGAAACUCUCAAAGAAACUUAACUGACUUCUACUCCACGGAUCGACUGGGUUUGGCAAUAAAGCAUGCGUCCUGAGCAGGAAGCCAGCAUGGCAUUCAUUUCAACAAGCCUUCAACCAAUGGCUGGUUUCCUAUUACACGACAGGUGAGGCUCUCGGACUGUAUAAGAGCCUGCAGACAUCAUGGCGUAUUCGAUCUCCAACCCUCGAAUACUCCUUCCCCCACUCGCCCUGCGGUUGCUUUCUUUCAUGAUGUUCUCGGAAAUGCAUGGCGCACCCGCUGUUCCUAUUUCUGUAAACAAGGACACUAAUAACCCGCCCAAACCGUCGGUCUGGCCUCUGGAUACCGUUACAGAGAGUGCGCCUUCAACGUUACAGACAAAGUGCGACCGACGUGCCCGAGAGGGCGGCGUCUGCUGCAAAGACCUCAAUGAUGGAGAUAAUCGAACCCUCUUGGACCCGGACAUUGUCCGUGACAUUGUGAUUGGUCUAUCUGAUGGCCUUACUGUUCCCUUCGCCCUCACUGCUGGUCUUUCUUCUCUUGGACAGUCACGGUUUGUCGUUAUGGGUGGUUUAGCAGAACUUAUUGCGGGUGCCAUCUCGAUGGGCAUUGGUGGCUUCCUCGCAUCACAAUCCGAAAGGGACUACUACCGCUUCAAAAGGCGUCAGACGUCGUCAAGAAUGCAUCGCUCCUGCAUGGGAGAAAUGGAGAGGGAAGUAUUUUCCAUUCUUGGGCCUGUGGGUGUGGACGAGCGUACUGCACAACUUGUGGCGAAGUGCUUGCGGGAUGUCGAAUGCGACCCGGCAGACGUGGGAAGCGUGGAUAGGACUGCAGGCCUCGGAGAUGAAGAAAAACAACUGACGAAAGCAAAGGAAGAUGUGGGUCUAACCUCGUUCCUUCUCAGAUUUGGACUGGGUCUAGAUGAGGUACCAACAAAACGGUUGUAUAUGUCUGCUGUGACGAUAGGGGUCGGGUACCUGGUUGGUGGGAUUGUCCCACUCAUACCCUACUUUUUUAUUAGCCGUGCACGCGUCGCACUGCUUUAUUCUUGCAUUAUCACAGGCGUGGUCCUGCUGAUUUUUGGUGCAUUCAAGGCUCGCGUUACGGGUGCUGCGAACACUCUACUUGGCUAUCUACGGGGAGCAGUGAGUAUGCUAAUAGUAGGGGGCGCUUCGGCGGCUGCGGCCUAUGGGAUGGUGGUACUCUUGGAAAAGAAUUACGGUAGUACAAGCACAUGAUGACUGGUGAAUCUACUUCACAUGUAUUAGCCUUUUAGUUACCUCUACCGAUAUUUACCAUCAAGCCGACCACUCCCACUUGUCAUCACGGUGGCACUUAUUGG